AUGUCCUUCCCUCAUCUUCUCCUCUCCUCUGCAUAUGCGGUGACAUUUUUUUCAUGCAUUAGGGUUUGGAGGGGGGGAAUCGCUGGUGACCCGAGCCAAUCCUACAAGCCACUUCACCUGUCUUUGUUUUGCUCGUCCUUCCUGCUCAAGCACUCGCGGUAUGAAAGGCACCCCUUCACCUCUUCCAACCUUACUCUUUGUUUUGGUACCUCUGGAUCUGUAGUUGAUGAGGUUGAGGAGGUGCAGGGUGCUCCUGCCCAGCGUGGUAGGGGUGGGAUGCGCUGGACCAGUGUCAUGUCUGGUUUUGCUCUUCGUUGUAUGUGCCAGCUCAUCUCCUCGGGUGUCAGGACCGAUAAGGGUUUCAAGGAGGUGCACCUGAACCAGGUUGCCAAAGCUCAUAGUGAGUUCACUGGCAAUGAGGUGACAGGAAUUCAAGUGUACAAUCACUUGAGGAAGUGGAGGCAGAGAAAAUAUCACAUGAUAAGCCUAGAGGAAGAGCACUACAUGGGGCACAUUCAGGCUCAUCCUAAGGAUGCUGAGUUUUUAAACAAGCACAUAGAGAACUACCAGCAGAUGAUGACCAUCUUUGGUAAUGGUCAAGCCACAGGGAAAUAUGCUAUGGGGUCAAAUGAACCUUUGGGAACCCUAGCUGAGUUUUCUGAUAGCAGCAUAAAGAUUGAGCCAUUGAAGGAUGGCAAAGGUGCAAAGAGCAGUCAUGAUGCUGCUAAACUGUUGGGUAAGUGUGCUAAGGAUGGCAAAGAAGGCGAUAGUGACUCUAGUGCUGGCAACAAAAGAAACAGGUCUAUGUUUACUGAGGAGGACACUACUAUUUUCUACCAGAUGACUGAUGCUGUCAAGGACGUGGCAUCUGCUAUUCAUGAGACCAAACCAGAGAAACCUGAGAUUAUGCAUCUAGAUCUGUAUGGUGUAGUGAUGUACAUGCCUAGUUUUCCUGAAGAGGGUUUGAUUGUGGCAUACUCUCACUUGCUUGACAACAAGGCUCAAGGUGAUGCAUUUGUGGGGAUGAUUGAGCGUCACCAUGUCCUUUGGAUGAGGACUUGCCUUGCCAAGCACUACUACAUGUGA